CACUUGUAAACUUGUACAACAAACACGGAACACUUACACUGGUAGUGAUGUGCUGGGACAUGACUGCACGCGGCACACACCCUCACAUGAGACCAAUGCCGCCACGCAGGGCGAUGUGAGGACCUGAAACACAAAUACUUACUCAUUGAAAUGGCAGAAACUGAUGUGCAUUAUUAACCAUCAAACUAUUUAACGUGAAAUUGGAGCUGUUCGGUGAUCCACAAGCGUGACCCAUUGAGGGACAUGCUAUGGAAGAAGGGAAAACGUGUUUGUUUAUUAUAAAAGUGUUGAGAUGUGGAGGGCCUCUCGCCAGAUGAGCGCCGCCCAACGUUUGCUUGCUCGUGGCGCUUAUUCGCUGCUCUCGUGCUAAACUUAACUCCAUAUGUAUUUUCACAUCCUUGCUAAUCUGUCAGUCAAGGUUAACCGGUGCAUACGCUGGCUCACGGCCCCACCUACAUCAACGGCGAAACUCUCAUUAUUACCUGUUUGAACCUAACACGCGCGAGAACCACACACACACACACACACACACACACACACACACACACACACACACACACACACACACACACACACACCCUCGUACCUACAGACCUGAGUGAAGUAUCGAUGUUGUGAAACCGGGCUUGGCUGGGAUCGUGAGGGUAAAUGUCACUGUGCACACCCGCCUCUCCUCGCCUCAAGGAUGCUGCUCCCAUAGCCUUUCUUUUCACAGUGUGCAAUUAUCUCAGAGGCUAAUAAUCGAUAUCAACAAGCAGUGUGUGGCGGCUUACGACCAGCACGUAUCCUUGGCCUAGAUCAGCCGAAUUUGCUCUCCCGGCACAAAGAGAGGCGUGUGAGGGUGGUGAGAUGGAAGGGUGGUGCCGCCGCGCCCACCCUGCCACCCUCACCCCUCGCCGCCACCAACCCGCCCUAUCGGUAACCAAGAGAAGGCAAACAAAGAAUCCCGGCAGCUGCAAAACGUGAUUGGUGUAUUGGUGCCCUAGAAAAGGAACAAACGCGCGGACAAUGGUGGUGCCCCAAGUGACUGGUGUGCAGGACAUGGCCGAGGCGGUGUUUGUCCCGCAGCCUUGCACAAUGGGGCUGUGAACGUCACGCCCCACGGCCGAGGUCGUCCCACCUACUACGGUAAUGGCCAGUGGGUCCCGCUCCCCCCUGCCCAGCUCCCCGACCUCCAGGAGCCGCAGGUAUUCCAGCGAUGACAUCGGCUGCCGCUAUGCCAGCCUCUCCCACACCCAUCUCAUGCCGCCCCUGGCGGUGUCCUACUUGGGCUCCUCCGAGGGGUCGAUCCCUCGCCGCCAGUCCGUGGCGGCCACCGUGCAGACUGAGGAGCGUUACCGAUCUCCUCGCCAGCUGCCACACCGACGCCGCUCGGAGUUCACCGCUCAUGAAAAGCGGCGACGGUCCCGCGUUGAAUUGGAUCACCUGAGGGACACUUCCGGGUACCGCGACGCCGAAGCCCUGAACGGUGGGCGGCGCGGCACCCGCUGCUCACAGAUGCUCAAUGCUUAUGAUCUGGACUCAGCCCGACUCUCCGUGUCAUCAGGACGCCACAGAAAGACAUCCCGCCACAGCACACCGCCGCGGGAGAUGGACCCUGAAGAGCGGCGCCGCAGCCGAGUGGUGCUGGUGUGUGCCUCUGUGGCCGUGGCCAUCUUCCUCAUCGCCAUCCUACUGGUGGCUGUCACACUCAGGCUCUCGCCCACCAUCGACGAAAUGGGUGAGUACUUCUCCUUCCUUCCCUCUCACGCUGCAGCUUCCUCAACUAACGGUAGGUGCCCCGACACACACACUCCAGCAGCCACAACUCUGAUCUCAUCGCUGACACACACACGCACCCUCACAAUUAUCUACCAGCCAGCCACUGCCAACCUUUCAGGUAAAUGAAUAUUCUGUCGACAUUUUCGGCCGCGUAUAUCUGCCAGCAGGUUGAGAGGAAACACUAACUAUUGGGGACUUCUUUAUAAACUUCGCCGUGAGUUACAGCAGGCGGCCAUCGUGCCUGCCUGCUGGUCCCCUACUGGCCUGCCUGCUGGACCCUACUGGCCUGCCUGCUGGCCUCUACUGGUUUGCCUGCUGGCCCCCUGCUGGCUUAUCUACUGGGCUCUGCUGACCUGCAUGCUGUCCCCUGCUGGCCUGCCUGCUGGCCAACUACUGCCUCAGUGUCGUCACAGUUCAUGACGCGUCCCGCCCCCGACUCAGCCCCAAAUAAGCAGAGCGCCAAUCAUGCACUCAAUUACGAUGCACAAGGGAGCUUCCUGCUACCAGGAUGGAAAUGAGCAGCACUAAUGAGCUGUCGAGAGACUUGUGGGACAUGAUGAUAAGCUGAGAGAGAGAG